AUGGCUGAACUUCUUAUUUCAUAUGGUGCCAAUAUCAAUGAAAAAGAUGAAAAUGAAGGAACUUUUCUUCAUAUGGCAGCAAAAUAUAAUCAAAUAGAAAUGGCUGAACUUCUUAUUUCGCAUGGAAUGAAUAUCAAUGAAAAGAAUAGCAUUGGAGAAACUACUCUUCAUAUUGCGGCAAAUAACAAUCAUAAAGAAAUGAUUGAUUUUCUUAUUUUGCAUGGUGCGAAUUUUAAUGAAGAAGAUGAUAUUGGAAAAACCGCUCUUCAUAUUGCAGCAAAUGAUAAUCGUAAAGAAAUAAUUGAACUUCUUUUUUCAUAUGGAAUGAAUAUCAAUAAAAAAGAUAAAUAUGGAAGAACUUCUCUUCAUUAUGCAGUAGAUAAUAAUCAUAAAGAUAUGGCAGAAUUUCUUAUUUCAUAUGGUGCGAAUAUCAAUGAAAAAGAUAAUUUUGGGAAAUCCGCUCUUCAUAUUGCUGCAGAAAAAAAUAAUAUAGAUAUGGCAGAAUUUCUUAUUUCACAUGGCAUGAAUAUCAAUGAAAAAGAUACUUGUGGAAGAACAGCUCUUCAUAUUGCUGCAGAAAAAAAUAAUAAAGAAAUGGUUGGAUUUCUUAUUUCGCAUGGCAUGAAUAUCAAUGAAAAAGAUAAUCUUGGGGAAACAUCUCUUCAUCUUGCAGCAAAUAAUAAAAAGAAAGAAAUGGUUGAUUUUCUCAUUUCACUUGGGGUGGAUUUCAAUAUAAAGAAUAAAAUUGGGCAAACAGCUCUUCAUUAUGCUGUAUUAAGAAGUAAUAAGGAAAUAGUUGAAAUUCUUAUUUCACACGGUCUGAAUAUCAAUGAAAAAGAUAUUUUUGGAAGAACUGCUUUUCAAAUAGCAGCCAAUAAGAAUAAUAAAGGAAUUGUUGAACUUCUUAUAUCACAUGGUGCCGAUUUCAAUUCCUGA